UCUAUACAUUUUACUCUGUGACUUUUGGGGGUGUGUGGCAGCCGUGGACCAUGCGCUCCCUGUGGUUGUUCCUGCUCCCUUGCCUGAGCCUUGUGCAUCUGGCACCGGCUGAGAAGGGCCUGGAGUUCCCUCACUAUGACGGUAAAGACCGUGUUCUGGACAUCAAUGACAAGAAUUACAAGAAGGCCUUGAAGAAGCAUAGCAUGCUGUGCCUGCUCUACCACGAGCCUAUACCAGACAGCAAGGAGCUGCAAAAACAACACCAGAUGACUGAACUAGUGCUGGAGUUGGCAGCCCAAGUCAUGGAGGAGAAAGACAUCGGGUUUGGAAUGGUCGAUUCCAACAAAGAUGCCAAGGUGGCUAAAAAACUGGGUCUGGAAGAAGAGGGCAGUGUGUAUGUUUUCAAGGAGGACCGAGUGAUCGAAUUCGAUGGCUUGCUCUCUGCUAACACCCUGGUGGAGUUCUUGCUGGAUUUGAUGGAGGAGCCGGUGGAGGUGAUAGAUAAUGCUCUGGAGCUGAGAGCCUUUGAUAGAAUGGAGGAGGACAUCCGUCUUAUUGGUUACUUCAAGAGCGAAGACUCUGAGCACUACCAUGCAUUCAAAGAAGCUGCAGAGCAGUUCCAGCCCUACAUCAAAUUCUUUGCCACUUUUGAGAAAUCUGUGGCCAAGGAGUUGACACUUAAAAUGAAUGAGGUGGACUUCUAUGAGCCCUUCAUGGAGGAGCCUGUCACCAUCCCGGGCAAGCCACACUCCGAGGAAGAACUGGUGGAAUUCAUAACUGAGCACAGACGACCAACCCUGAGAAAGCUGCGUGCAGAGGACAUGUUUGAGACAUGGGAGGAUGACAUUGAAGGGAUCCACAUUGUGGCCUUUGCAGAGGAGGAGGACACUGAUGGCUAUGAGUUCCUGGAGGUCCUGAAGGAGGUGGCCCGCGACAACACUCACCUGCCUGACCUCAGCAUUGUCUGGAUUGACCCUGAUGACUUCCCCUUGCUGAUUCCCUACUGGGAGAAGACUUUCAAGGUGGACCUGUUCAGACCACAGAUUGGAGUUGUCAAUGUCACUGAUGCCGACAGUGUGUGGAUGGAGAUGGACGAUGAAGAGGACUUGCCCUCUGCACAGGAGCUGGAGGACUGGAUUGAGGAUGUGCUCUCUGGCAAAGUCAACACUGAGGAUGAUGAUGAUGAUGACGACGAUGACGAUGACGAUGAUGACGAUGAUGAUGACGACGAUGACGACGACGACGAUGAUGAUGAUGACGAUGAUAAAGACGAUGAUGAUGACAAUGAUGAUGAUGAUGAUGACGACGAGGAUGACGAUGAUGAUGAUGAAUAACUCAUAAACUGUGAAUUGUAAAUCUUUAUUGGUCCAUUCACUGACUUCAGGCUGAGUGGACAGAUCUGGAUUUGAGUCAUCUCCAUCACAAUAAAUCCAUUAUAACAAACAAAUACAGUUUACUUU